AUGGGAGCCAAGCCACAACUGAGUCCUAACGAACGCCUUGCUCGAAAGCGGGCUGCAGCAAGAAUGAGACAACAACGCUGCCGGGCUAGAAAGCGCCAGGCAUUGUUGGAGCAAAAGCGUAUCCAACGAGAACAAAUGUCACGGUCAGAAGCGGAACCAAUUUCAACUCAACACGCUUCUAGUGCCUUUCGCAUGCGUCGGCCCACUGAUGGCGAGGUCGAAUCUGCUUUGCCAACGUCAACGCAACAGCCAAUUUACAAGGUUGUCUCUUUUGAAUCUCAAAGAUCUUUCGAAGAGGCAAACAAGGGCCCAUCCAAGUCUCCUGUAGACACGAUUGUCACGGUUUCUUCCCCACCCAGGAAAACGGCAGAUGUGACUUCUAUUACAUCAGCAGAUUCAUCAGCUGCCACUCCUGUACCCGACAAGGAAGCUGCAGCGAUUGCUGCCAUGCUUUCCCUAAAGUCUCCCCCCUCCGAAAAGAAGGUCCGCACUCCACAACGCGUUGAGAUGCGGCCCCGGGAGCAACAAAGGCCAGCGCGAUCAUAUGGGGUGCCAAUAUCAGCGAAAGUUCCUCUUUACAAAAGUUAUAACAACAUUCGCUACGAAAAAGCACGCUACGCAAUGCCACCACAAAGGGUGCCUCACUAUUACAUGGGCAUGUCGCACCCACCACCACCACCUAGACCACAUCCACAGUACCGCUAUGGAUAUCAUCCUUCGGCCUACCACCGAUAUGUACGAUAUGAUUGA